GUCCCGAGGAGGUGCCCGCCCUUGUCAACCAAAGCCUGAGCGAUCAUGGCAACGGGCUUUGGCGGGGAGCGCGUGGCCGCGGCGGCAGUUUGGUCGCGGGCCGGGACGGCCGAGCGGCGGCGGCGGCGGUGGCACUGGCGCUGGUACCGUCCCUGAGCGCCAUGCAGCGGGGCAGCUCCGAGAGGGAGUUGGCGGCCGGCUGGGAGGCGGAGGCGGUGGCCGUGGCCGAAGCGCCGGCGGCGGCUGCGGUGGCGGCGGCGGCGGAGCCGGUCGGCGUGGACUCGGGCGCGGCCGGGGAGCCGGAGCGCAAGGCGCCGGAGGAGCAGUCCAAGGAGCGCGCCCGGGCGCAGCCCCGCGCGGCCGAGGAGGGGGACGCCCUGGUGACCCCGCGGCCGCCGCCCACGCUGCCCCUGGCGAAGCCGCAGCCGGCGCGGGUGCGGGGCCUCUGCCCGCACCGGAAGCCCCGGAGCAAGGGCCGGGGCUGCCGGCGGAGCUCGGGCCGCUCGGCGGACGAAUACUGCUCCCAGCGGCGGGUCACCGUGGACAGCUCCAAGGCCAGGACCUCCCUGGACGCCCUGAAGAUCAGCAUCCGCCAGCUCAAGUGGAAGGAGUUCCCAUUUGGCCGACGCUUGCCUUGUGACAUCUAUUGGCAUGGAGUUUCAUUUCACGACAAUGACAUAUUCUCCGGCCAAGUGAACAAGUUUCCAGGCAUGACGGAGAUGGUGCGUAAAAUUACUCUGAGCAGAGCCGUGAGAAUCAUGCAGAAUCUUUUUCCUGAGGAGUACAACUUCUAUCCUCGCUCUUGGAUUCUGCCUGACGAGUUCCAGCUCUUUGUUGCUCAGGUUCGAAUGGUGAAAGAUGGCGACCCCUCCUGGAAGCCCACGUUCAUCGUGAAACCUGACAGUGGCUGUCAGGGCGAUGGCAUCUACCUCAUUAAAGACCCCAGUGACAUCCGCCUGGCAGGGACCCUACAGAGCCGGCCGGCGGUGGUCCAGGAGUACAUCUGCAAACCUCUUCUGAUCGACAAGCUCAAGUUUGACAUCCGUCUGUAUGUCUUACUCAAGUCCUUAGACCCUCUGGAGAUUUACAUAGCCAAAGACGGACUCUCUAGAUUUUGUACCGAGCCAUACCAGGAGCCCAGCCCCAAAAACCUGCACCACACCUUCAUGCACCUGACCAACUACUCCCUGAACAUCCACAGUGGCAACUUCGUCCAUUCGGACAGCACGAGCACGGGCAGCAAGAGGACUUUCUCUAGCAUUCUCUGUAGGCUGUCUUCCAAAGGUGUUGACAUCAAGAAGGUCUGGUCUGACAUCAUCUCCCUGGUGAUUAAGACUGUCAUUGCCCUGACUCCAGAGCUCAAAGUUUUCUACCAGUCGGACAUCCCCGCGGGGAGGCCGGGGCCCACGUGCUUCCAGAUUCUAGGCUUUGACAUUCUUCUGAUGAAAAACCUGAAGCCUAUCCUACUUGAAGUAAACGCGAACCCCAGUAUGAGAAUCGAGCACGAGCAAGAACUUUCUCCAGGGGUGUUCGAAAAUGUCCCCAGCCUUGUCGACGAGGAAGUGAAGGUGGCUGUGAUCAGAGACACGCUACGCCUCAUGGACCCACUUAAGAACAAAAGAGAGAACCACUUUCCAGAUAUCUAUGUGGACAGAAAACACAGAUUCCCUCCAGUUUCUGACAGAAUGUCUUCAUCGGUGCUUCAGCUUUCAAAGCUUUUCGUAGCCAGGUCUCAGAAGCUUAAGCAGCCAGCUGUGAAGGAAGAGCCUUCUGACAGCGAGCCGGCCAGCGCCUCCGACGCCAACCCCAAUCCCGAAGCGCACCUGCCCUCCAUCUGCCUCAAGCAGGUGUUCCCCAAAUACGCCAAGCAGUUCAACUACCUGCGCCUGGUGGACAGGAUGGCAAAUUUGUUUAUCCGGUUCCUGGGGAUCAAGGGGACAAUGAAGCUGGGACCAACAGGCUUUCGGACUUUUAUCAGGAACUGCAAACUCAGCAGCAGCAGCUUGUCCAUGGCGGCCGUGGACAUCCUCUACAUUGACAUCACAAGGAGGUGGAACUCCAUGACGCUGGACCAGCGGGACUCGGGCAUGUGCUUGCAGGGCUUUGUGGAGGCUUUCUUUUACCUGGCUCAGCGGAAGUUCAAGAUGCUGCCUCUCCACGAGCAGGUGGCCUCGCUGGUCGACCUGUGCGAGUACCACCUCUCCCUCCUGGACGAGAAGCGCCUGGUGUGCGGCCGCAGUGGCACGUCGGGGGGCCGGGCCCCAGACAGCGGCACCCCCCAGGAGGCCGCCGCCUCGGCCCCGCUGGCACAGGGCACCCCCCCGGCCUGCACAAACAGCGCCCACAAGGUCUCCAACUCCAGACACGCGCUGUCCUGAGGGCCCCUCGUUGCUGCAGAUGGAGAAUGAGCCCCUCUGGGCUGAAGAGAACCUUCUGGGCUUCUGGCCCGCAGAGAGGGGAGGCCGGCUGCAGAGAGCCCCUGCGAGAGAGCCCCUCCUCUGCCCCUUCUCAUCUCCACAUGCCGCUCAGCCGCGCUUGGAGAGGCGAAUGAUUCCACGCCCGCCUUCCUCUUGGUGGCCCAAUGAUUCAUGAGUCAUCGGUGGACAUAUGACAUCCCCAACGUGACAGAUGGCAGCGUCUAUUCUGGGCUCACAGGAAGCAACAACCGGGCAGAACUGUUGCGCUGGGGGCACAGGGCAGCCGGGACCCCCAGCCUGAGCCGUGGCAGGAGACCCUGAGGAAGCCAGCCCGGUGGGGGGCCGGGGGGGUGCGGUGCCGGGGCCUCCGAGAGAACUGUUCAGUCCCAGGGACAUCAUGUUCAUUUCCUCCCAGCGAGCUGUGAGAACCAAAUGGCGCUGGCACGCAGGCAGACGCGACUCUCCCGUCCCCAAUCAUGUGCUUCAUGGAUGCGGUGAACAGAUCGGCCUCGUCUAUUCCUUUAGCUUGCCUGUUCCUGCAGUGUUCGCUUUGUUGUUAAUUAUGAAAUAAUUAACCAAGGAGUAACUAA